GUCAAAUCUGUGGUGAAAUUAGUCAAAAUUUGGGGAAUUUUAUAAAUUUGCAUUUAAAUCCAUACUUUUAGCUUUUACAAGAAAUUUAAGGAAUAGUUCAAUAAUAAAAAACAAGCAGGACUAUGUUAAUAGGCAUCCACUAAGAUUUAUAACCAGCCAAUAUCAAAAUAAACAAUAGGUUUUGGUUGGUAAUUUGGUGGUGAAUCAUCAUCCAAAAAAGAGUGAACCAUGGAGUGGCUGUUCGGGCACCGCAUGACGCCGGACGAGAUGCUGCGCAAGAACCAGCGCGCGCUCAACAAGGCCAUGCGCGACCUGGACCGCGAGCGCCUCAAGAUGGAGCAGCAGGAGAAGAAGGUCAUCGCCGACAUCAAGAAGCUCGCCAAGGAGGGCCAGAUGGACGCCGUGAAGAUAAUGGCGAAGGACCUGGUGCGCACGCGGCGCUACGUGCGCAAGUUCAUGCUCAUGAAGGCCAACAUCCAGGCCGUGUCGCUCAAGAUCCAGACGCUCAAGUCGCAGAACACCAUGGCGCAGGCCAUGCGCGGCGUCACGCGCGCCAUGGCCACCAUGAACCGCCAGCUCAACAUGCCGCAGAUACAGAAGAUACUGCAGGAGUUUGAGAAGCAGUCAGAAAUAAUGGACAUGAAAGAAGAGAUGAUGAACGACUCCAUCGACGAGGCCAUGGAGGCCGACGACGACGAGUCGGAAAGCGACGCGGUGGUGGGGCAGAUCCUGGACGAGCUGGGGCUGCAGCUCAACGACCAGCUGUCGGGGCUGCCGCAGGCCACCGGCUCGCUGUCGGUCGCGGCGAAGACCCCGCAGGCGGCGGGCGUGGCGGCGGGCGCGGGCGCGGGCGGCGGGGGCGCGGUGUCCGACGCCGACGCCGAGCUGCAGGCGCGCCUCGACAACCUGCGCCGCGAGUAGCGCACGCACACAUGCGCCGCGCCUGCCCCCCCCCCACACACACACACGGCACACACCAGGCGUCGAGCCUGAGCGAUACACACACGUGAGUGAAACGGGAACUUCGAUUAAUCUCAAAGUAUUUUGCGACCAUGUUUUCGGCUCGAAGGAGUAUUUAUUUACUGAUGUAAAAUCGUCAACUUUGAAAAAUAUUACCGUCACGAGAGAAGUAGUAAUACACUUAAUCCGAUAUUUAAUGAAGGGUGAAAUUUUCCAUAUUUUAUGAAUAAUCGUUGAGCUAACAAAUUUUAAUAUAAAAUCGCUAAGUAAGAGCAUAGUUGUGAUUCCAUUGUAACCGGUGACAUGAAACGACAUCGCAUUGCGGGCAAGAAUAAGUAAAUUCUUGUAAAUCGGCACGUUUUGGAUUUGAUUAUAAUAUUUCUCAAUUU